CGCUAACCGUGACUGCUGCUUGGUAUAUCAGUUUUUGGGCUAUAUUGACAUCUGCAUUGUUUAUACGAAUCGUUUAUAAGCAUCGAACAACCCAAAUUCAGUCAUUUUUCGUUCCAAAUACACGAAACUUCUAGAAUUUUCAUUUAAAUUUGAAUAAGUUUACCUUAGUACUAACGUUGAACAAGAUGGUAUCGCAAGUGGUGUGCGUGAUUUGUUCGAUUUUGCCCGUGCAGCAUACAACAGAAAUAACUUUCUACAAAUUUCCAAAAAACACAGAACGCUCAGUCUUAUACAAGGCUUGGAAAACAGCAUUGCUUGAUGUAUUGGCCAAAGAGCGUCCAGAACUGUCGGACGAUGCUAGUUUGAAUGAUACCUACAUUUGCAGUCGACAUUUUACUGCUUCCGAUUUUUCGUUCGACAAUGGAAAACUGGUGUUGAAGAAUGAAUCCGUUCCGUCGCGCAUCGCAAAAGAUCUCUACGAGGUAGCUACUUCCGAGAAAGUGGACAGCAUUUUACCCAAAGAAUAUGAACCGUCGACGCGUACAAACAACUUUGCAUCGACAUUGAUGAAGGACUUUGUUACAACAUCCCAUCACAAUCUUCGCUCCGAUCUUAUUUCUACGGAAACAUCACGAGUGCUAACGCCAACUGUCAGCGAAUACAUUACGUCACUUACGAAAAUGGAUGGAAAAUCAUUUGCCGAUGCUACGAGCGACAAAUUCAAUGAGCAUAAGCGUCGAAUUGAUUUGGAGCAUAAAAUCGAAACUUAUGGCAAGAUCUUCAAACGUUUACGUAGUGAUAACCUACUGACUGAAUCUUAUGUUGAUGAACUUAAGGAACAAAUGCCGGAAAUGGAACAACUUUUGAAUGAAGCGUUGAAGACUGAAUGAAUUAAACUGUGAAUUGACAUUGAUCUGCUCUCCAAUCGUUGCGAACAUACUUACACAAGCACCAUCCCCAUGGAUCAGCUCAAUAACACAGAAAAUAUCAUAAAUAAAUCAUUUUUCGAAAGUUCUUAAUUGAAAUAGCUUUAAUUGAAAAAUAUCAUAAUUUUACAGUAAAACACACGAAAAUUCCUUUCAUACAAAUAUAGUCAUUGACAGUUUACGUGAAUAAAAACGGUAAAUUUCAUCGAAAAAUUUAUAUUCGAUUGGA